GGGUGGGUGGGAGAGUGAGAGGGAGAUUGGUGUGAGGGAGUGACAGAUUUUCGCUGGGGGUCAGAAAGGGAGCAUCGGUCGGGAUUAGGCUCGAGCUGCAGGUUGGACGGGAUUACAGAGCGCAGUGCGGCGCAGUUCCCUGUGCUGUGCGCUCUGACAUGGACUUAAGCGCACGACAUUUCUCCGUCUGCCUGAACUGUUAAACAUCUGCGACCUAUUACCCACACCCUGCAUCCUACUGAUCCCGCUAAGACACGAUUUAUGGAAACAUGGCGGACAUCCCUCAGCUAGUCAAAAUUGGGAUUUCUUUGAAGAUGCUCCCCAACAACACCGCUGUGUACUUCAAAUCCGACGGAGCCAGGUUUGGACAAACCCGGACCAUCAAGCUGCUGACCGGAUCCAAGUACAAAAUCGAGGUGGUUGUCAAACCGGGAGCAGUAGAGGCCACGUAGGUAGCCCUUUUUAUUUAUUUUUGUCAUCUGCAUGGAUAAUCCUGAGACAUAACCUAAAUUGCCAGCCUGUAGACUUUCUAAAUACCGAAACACAAACAGCAUAUUAUGGCCGGGGCAUAAGCCUAUUUGGUGAACUUAUUUCUAAAAUGUAUGUAAAAAGAUCAAUUUAUUGACCAUGAUCGAUGCUUUUCUGGUCAGUAUGCUGUAGACUGGAUCACGGCUCGAUUUGUUUGUGACAUAACACAUCAACAACCAUAAAACGUCAUUUUGAUAUUAUUUUUAGAUAGUCUAUUGACUGAGUCAUUUAUUUUAUGCGGUUUGCAUUAAUUUGUAAAUUGUGGCCAACUUCUUUGUAGUUUCCUGUAAUAUAUUUAAAUAUACUUUUGACAAAGGAAAUUGAUUCUCAAUUAAUGUCCUUGUUGGCACCCUUACAGGCGACUUUACCGGAUUUACAAAGAAGGAAAAUGAAGAUUUCUGAAGCUGCAUUCAGGAACAAAAGGAAAUACAUAAGCUACCUGCUUGAUAUACAUGAAGAAGAGACACGCAGCUGUUACAUUGUACGUGUUAUAAAAGAGACUUGCUCUUCUCUUAAAGUUUCUCUCUAAAUGUCUUGCAUUUCUUAUGUGCUCCAUGUUCUAUUUUUGAAGAAAGAGCGCUAAGGUAGAAAUUAACGAGCAGCACCUGAAGGCAGCGUAAACCUCAACUGGCUGCGUGUCAAAUCCUCCACAGAUUAGGAUUCCACGCUUGGUUUUUGUGAAGCCUCCCUCCUGUGAUUUGUUUUCAGUUCAUGGUUAUGUAAUGAAUGUUGUUGUGCCUCCACCUACAUGCGGAUUAGUAUUGAAUGUACCUGGAAAUCAGACCGUGAAACAGGGCUGAAUGAGCACUGAAUGAGGUAUAAAAUUUAGGUCACACAUGUGAUGACUCAUAGGGGAUGUGUUGGAUUUAGGGCAUGCUCAUGAGACAGCUGUACACCCAUUACAAUAAAUGAAAUGUCAAUAUAGUUUUCUGGCAGGGCCUAAAACGAUUUGGGAAAGAUGAAGUCAUUGUUCCUGUGUAGCAGGACUGUAUCAUCAUCAUCAUCAUCAUCAUCAUUAUUAUUACUAUUAUUAUUAUUAUUAUUAAUAUUAUUAUUAAUAAUAAUAAUAAUAAUAAUAAUAUUUUUGUUGUUGUUGUCAGUUUUGCCACUAUACAAUGAUAAUAAAUAAUGGUAAAAACUGAUUAAAAAGACAGACUGAAAAACAGUUACAUCAACAAUUAAAAAUGGAUUUGAACAGGUGGGUUUCAACAAGGGAUUUGAACUUUCAUAUAUUAGUAAUGUCUUGGAUGUGUUUGGGGAGAGAGCUCCAGAUGGAGGGGGCAGUUAUAGAGAGAGUCUGGUCCCCCCAGGUUUGGUGCUCACCCAGUUCUCAGAGUAGGGCUGAGAAGGUUCAAGUCUGAGUAUUGGGUGGUGUGGAAAGGAGUAGGGGUGGAGCAGGUCAGUGAGGUAGAAAGGGGCCUGAUCAUGGAGGGCUUUGAAGGUGACCCACGCCCACUGAACGGGUUCAGAUAAGGAGACGACGAGCUGCAGAAUUCUGUCACUGACAAUGUCAAUGUCAGCUUUAUUUACCUACCAAAGUGCUUUACAAUAAAAUAGCCAGUAAAAUAGGUGUAUUUUAAUUUGUUGAUAAUUUUGGAGCUUGAACAAUACAAGAUACUAUUGCAGUAUUUGAUUCUGGAUGUAAUAAAAGCGUGGAUCAGAGUUUCAGUGGCAGAGAAAGAGAGUGAAGGGUGGAUACUAUUAAACCGCAUGGGUGAUUUCCAAUGCAUUGACUCUCUUUCAUAUUUCAUGAUACAUUAUUUUAUUUUAUUGUCUUGAUCCUUAAUGUGUUACCCUUUUCAAAUGUGUUUCAGUAUAUCUGUUAUCUUGUGUAUCUGCAGAUCAAUGAGUGUGGGUGGGGUGACCUUCCCUCUGGAGCAGAAGUCAAAAGACCCUCAGUCAGUCAUCUAUACAGGCCAGUAUGAUACAGAAGGAGUGGCACAUACCAAGAGCGGAGAGAGGCAGCCAGUUCAAAUCAACAUACAGGUACGGAUAUCCUGAACAUCCAGCUGGAAAUUAAUCUGCAAGAAGCAGGUAGAGCAUACAUUAAGAAAAAAACCUUUAUAGCCAGGAAGUAGUCAGGGUCAGGGAUGUGUGUGUUAGGAUAUCUUUUCUGUUGGAAGAGACCGUACUUGAUGAUGGUGCAAGUAUCUAAGUAUUGAAAUUGUUUGGUACUGUUUUAUACCGUGGACAUAUCCUCAGCUCUAGUUGAGGAUCUGGUUACACAGUUAUCAGUAUGCAGCUACUACUCUUCUGUUAAUUUCACUUACUACAUGACAGAUGAGGGUAUUUUGUUGAUGUUUUGCCCAGUCUUUGUCAAAGAACAAAUAAGGGUUUCAGUUAACAUUUUACACAAUAACAUAUACAAAACCCUUUCAAAUAGUUGUUAAACUUAUUCCGGUCCAUUGAAUCCCAGUGUUUUAACACACACCUCUCUGCUCACUUUCUCUUCAUCCAUCCCUGAUUAUUAAUAAUGUAAACUCAGAAAAAAUAAUGGUGUCAGAUUCUCCCAAAGUAUAUAUUGAUACAAAUAAGGCCAAGAGUCCAAAAUUCAAAGAAAAUGUUGGUGAAUUUGUAGUUGAUUCACUUAGAUGGUUGAUUAAAGCUACUGUAAGGAACUUUUUGGUGCCAGUAUUAAAUUCCCUCUUUGCCAAAGUCUCCAACUUGCAGUUUUAAAAUGUUUUUGUUUAUUUUGUUUUAAAUCUUGUCUCUAUAUCAAUCAGCUCCAGUUAAUUUUGGUUUCUAACAUUUCACUUGUUGUCCCUCACUUUGAGUAUCCUAAGACUUGAAAAUAUGCUUUAUAAAUGCCAUUCACUGAACAGGAUAAAGUGAAACCAUGCAACACAAACCCACUCACUGACAGUAAUAGUACAAAAUUAUUAUAUUCAACUCACAACAGAAAAACUUUUUUUGAAAAUACUUUUUAUCAUGUGCAAACAAGAUAAUGGCCUGUGUGUCCAAGGUAAUAACUGCAUCCCAUUAUAUGGUGCACACAAGAUAACAAGAUUAAAUGAUCACCUCAUGGGACUUCAAGAGCUUUGUUCAAACCUUCACAACAAGCACGUCUGAUGUUUUGUCUGUUAAAAAAGUCAACAUUUUCAGCCUCAUUUUUAGGUUUCCAAGGAGAAAUUUUGAUAGUGAUGGGGACGACACAAUGUUAAUAUUAAAUCUGGUUUGACGUGGAUGUUAAUAUCAGUUUGUUUCCUACCCAUCUGUCCUGACUUUCCCAGGGGGAUCUGUGAUGUUAUGCUGCACAUUUGCAUGUUUGUGUGUGCAUCUCUCCAUCUGGCCACCCAAUCUGUUUAAUUUCACCCUAACAUGAUUCUUGCAUAUGUUUAUGAACUGUAUGUGUCUCCUUCAGUUCACAGAGGCGGGGUCUUUUGAAACUGUAUGGCAGGUAAAGUACUACAACUACAACAAGAGGGACCACUGCCAGUGGGGAAACAGCUUCAACAGCAUCGAGUAUGAGUGCAAACCCAACGACACGCGCACACUCAUGUGGGUCAACAAGGAAAUGUUUGUCUGAUGCAGAGCACCCCUUAAGAUAAUGCCCAAGUUUUCCAAUAAUUAGUAUUUCCUGAUAAAUCAUAGACUUUGAAAAAAUAAUAUUUGUGUCUGUUUUCACCCUCUUUGACCACUGUAAGUCCAUUUAGCCCUUUGUUUUGACAUGUCUUAGUGUACCACCCACAAUGACUACCUUUUUAAAAAGACUGAUCACUGUGAAAUGUGUCAACAUUUUAGUGGUAUGGUACAGGUAUAAUUAGGUAUUAUGAAACUCAAGAAUUGAUGCUGUAAUGUGAUUUCUUUUUUUUAUGUACAGUUUGGUGGUUGUAUCUUGUAAUGCUUGAAUGUGUUCAUACUUGUCACGUGAUGUGUGACUGUGAGUGCACAUGUGCUUGUAUUGUCAGCUACUGUGUGUCUCUGUGAGUAUUCAACAAUUACAGAAACUGAAGCCUCAACAAUUCUCAGAGAACUAUCACUGCCAUGAGGAUUCAGUUUCUAAAAACGUAAGUUUCAAAACGCAUCUUCCUGUCUAUUUUGGAAGUGGCCCUCAUUUUUAAGACUUAAAGCCGCGUUCAGACCAAACGCGACCUGAAGCGACCUAGUCGCGUUGGUCGCUGUAUUCUCGUCGCGUCAUGCCCUGGUGUGUUCACACCGGGUCCAAAGCUGCAGUCGCGGAGGUCGCCUUUGGUCUGAACGCGGCUCUGCAUCACUGAGUAGGUACGUCCUCCUGAGACAUGUGUUUCCAAGGGUGUGUUUCAGACCUUUUCUUUUACAGUGAUGCUGCAGUGGAAAUCUUCUGUGUCUGCAAAUCUCACCAUGAAAUUACCCAUAAUCCUCUUGUCAAGCAUAAAUGAACCUCCACCACUGCCUGCUCCUAGAUUAAUAAAAAGGGGCCCACACAUUUUGUAAUGAAACUCUCAGAGUAUUACACUGUGGUAUCAUUUUGUGAACAGUACUAUGCAGUUUUGGAAGAAGUAAUUUUAGAUAUGGCUGAGGUUGUGUCCCUAUUUUCUAUGUGUGUGUUUUCUCUACCUCUCUGAAAGACUCUAUCCUUUUGUAUUAGUAUCUAUGGCAGAGGGAUAAAAUGAUUGGACUAUUUAUAACUUAAAUACAAAACUAUGUAUUUUAUUUCAUAUGGUACAUAACAUUAUUUUGAUAGUAUUCAUAAAUAUUUUGUACAGUGAACCAUUUAAUUUUUUAUUAAUAUUUUCUGUAUUUGGAAGAACUGGAUUCAGUAUUUUCUCUAAAAUGUUGAAAUGACCUAUGCAAUAAGUCAGAACAGAAAAAAAACUUGAUUGGUUGUGAUGAAAUGUGAUGUUUAAGGAAACAUAAAUUCAGACCUUUUUGUGAACUUGUUGAUUUAUAAAGCUGCAGAUAUUAAAAAUCUUUGGUCUGUUUUA